UCCUCCCUCAGGCCGGCCGAGGCAGGCCGCGGCGGGGGAGUCCCGGAUGUUGGCCCCGCUCCCAGCGCCGCCGCCGCCGCCGCCGCCGUCCUUGGCUGCCACAGAAGCCCCGCCUCCCGCCCCGCCCCUCAGCCCCCUCAGGCCGCGCCGGGGGUGGGGAGGGAAGGCGGGCGGCUGAGCAGGGGGGCGGCGGCAGCAGCAGAAGAGGCCGCAGCUCCCGUCCUGGCGGCGUCCUGAGCGGAGGGGCGAGCGGCGCCUCCAUCGCUGUUCCGAGCGGCGGGCGGAGAGGAAGGAAGAACCAUGGCUCUGGACGGUAUACGGAUGCCAGAUGGCUGCUACGCGGACGGGACCUGGGAGCUGAACGUCCAUGUCACGGACAUGAACAGAGAUGUCACUCUGAGGGUCACGGGGGAAGUCCACAUCGGAGGGGUCAUGCUGAAGCUGGUGGAAAAGCUUGAUGUCAAAAAAGACUGGUCUGACCAUGCCCUGUGGUGGGAAAAGAAGAAAACCUGGCUCCUUAAAACUCACUGGACCUUGGACAAGUAUGGGAUACAGGCCGAUGCCAAGCUACAGUUUACUCCCCAGCACAAACUGCUGCGACUCCAGCUCCCGAACAUGAAGUACGUGAAGGUGAAAGUGAACUUCUCGGACAGAGUCUUCAAGGCCGUUUCUGACAUCUGCAAAACCUUCAACAUCAGGCAUCCGGAAGAACUCUCCCUCUUAAGGAAGCCCCGAGAUCCCACCAAGAAGAAAAAGAAAAAACUAGACGACCAGUAUGAAGAUGAGACGCUUGAGCUGGAAGGGCCGCUAAUUACCCCUGGAUCAGGGAGCAUUUACUCAAGCCCAGGACUUUAUAGCAAAACCAUGACGCCAACAUACGAUUCUCAUGACGGAAGCCCUUUGUCGCCGACUUCUGCUUGGUUUGGAGACAGUGUGUUAUCAGAAGGCAAUCCAGGUAUACUUGCUGUCAGCCAGCCAAUCACCUCUCCAGAAAUUCUGGCAAAAAUGUACAAGCCCCAGACGCUUCUGGACAAGGCCAAGAUCAAUCAAGGGUGGCUGUACGACUCUUCACAGGGGCUUAAACAUGGAGCAAGAAGUGAAAAGAGUAGCGAGCCUUAAUUUCUCCGGUUCAAGUAUCACAGCUUCUUUGAUCUGAAUCCCAAGGUACGCAACUGUGCCUGCAACAUAUACAGACAGGGGAAAUGGGGCCCCAUUCUUUUGGAAGAAAUCGAGUGCACAGAAGAGGAGAUGAUGAUGUUUGCAGCUCUGCAGUACCACAUCAAUAAGCUAUCGAUCAUGUCCUCCGAGAAUCACUUGAACAACAGUGACAAAGAGGUGGACGAAGUGGAUGCUGCCCUUUCGGACCUGGAGAUCACUCUGGAAGGUGGAAAGACGUCCACAAUUCUGGGUGACAUCACUUCGAUCCCUGAGCUUGCUGACUACAUUAAAGUGUUCAAGCCAAAGAAACUGACGCUCAAAGGCUACAAGCAAUAUUGGUGCACGUUCAAAGAUACGUCUAUCUCUUGUUACAAGAGUAGAGAAGAAUCCAGUGGGACUCCAGCUCACCAGAUGAACCUGAGAGGCUGCGAGGUGACUCCAGAUGUCAAUAUUUCUGGUCAGAAGUUUAACAUCAAACUUCUCAUCCCUGUUGCCGAGGGCAUGAAUGAGAUUUGGCUCCGUUGCGAUAACGAAAAGCAGUACGCCCACUGGAUGGCAGCUUGCCGCCUCGCCUCCAAGGGCAAGACCAUGGCGGACAGCUCGUACAACUUGGAAGUCCAGAACAUCUUGUCUUUUCUGAAAAUGCAGCAUCUGAACCCAGAUCCCCAGAUCAUUGCCGAACAGGUCACGCUGGACAUCAAUCCGGAAUGUCUAGUUUCUCCAAGAUACCUAAAGAAAUACAAGAACAAGCAGCCAGGCUACAUAAGAGACUUGAUCACGGCUAGGAUCCUAGAGGCCCAUCAGAACGUGGCUCAGAUGAGCCUCAUCGAAGCCAAAAUGAGGUUUAUACAAGCCUGGCAGUCGCUUCCGGAGUUUGGCAUCACACACUUCAUCGCCAGGUUCCAAGGGGGCAAGAAAGAGGAGCUCAUCGGCAUCGCCUACAACCGGCUGAUACGGAUGGACGCCAGCACCAGCGACGCCAUCAAGACGUGGCGGUUUAGCAACAUGAAACAGUGGAACGUGAACUGGGAAAUUAAAAUGGUAAGCCCUGCACUGGCCACAGAAAGCUUCCUGGGUGGGCCAAAGACCAAUGCCCCUGGCGGCCACGCCCUCUUUUUUUGUUCUUAAGCAGUGAUUUUAAAGCAAU